CCGCCGCCGCCAUGCUAAUGUAGGCGGGGGUUGAGGUGGCGUGUUGUGGUCGCUAUUGGCCUCGGUUAGCAUUAAAACUGGUGGAAAUGAACAAUGGCGGUAACCUCUCCAUCACCGUUACCUGAGAGGGCCAUUUAUGGGUUUGUGCUGUUUCUCGCCUCAAAGUUUGCAUUCAUUCUGUAUUUAGUAUGGGCCUAUGUUCCAGAGUCGUGGUUGCACUCGGUAGGUCUCACCUAUUGGCCACAGAAGUACUGGGCGGUGGCUUUGCCUAUCUAUCUUCUUGUUGUCAUAGUAAUUGCUUAUAUUUUACUCUGUGGAGUUAACAUGAUGAGCACACCUCCACUCGACUCUGUAGAUACUGUCACAGAUAGUUAUGCAAAAAGUCAACAGAGCAAACCAUAUGUUGAAGGAGCAAUCCCUGGCCUACAAGAUGUUUCCAUCAGUGAAGUGAAUAGAAUUUUCUUUCUUUCUACAUCCCGUGAGGCAGCUGGUGAUCAGUCAGUCACGUGGCGGUCACAUGCUGCUAGGAAUAUGGAUUCAUCUGCUGAGAACUCCAGUGAAACUUCAGACCUCUGAUGUAGUGACAAUGCUUUUGCCAACGUGAUGGUCAAGAGUUCAUGGCUGAGUUUCAAUCACCUUCAGGGUCCCCAUAAAUCUCAUCCAGAUCUUAAGCCUCUCAAAUUCAUGCAGAAGACGAUGAGUGAGACAUGUAUUGGAUCCUAAAAGCUAGAGAAUGAAGUUAACCAGCUUUAAAAGCUUAAAGGAAUGUAGAAACAAGACUGCUAAAGUCCUUGCACAAUAUUUUAUUUCAAGAAAGUAAUUUGGAUUUCAGUGGAAAAAUCAUGACUGUAUGUAUGAUGUAAAAUAUACCAUGACUGCAUACUUUGUCUUCAAGGCCAUAGUUUAGAGUAUGGCAGGUGACCUCCUGUUACCUGAGGGUAUGGGAGAGUGGUGGCAGAACUAUAAAUCCCACUAGAAGAUUUUAUCAUUCUUGCUGAAGGCUGUCUCUGUCAUUUAGUUAAAUUGUUGAAAUGUUAUGAUGAUGGAUAAAGCUAAUGGCUAAGAAGAGACAAACUGGAGCCAUCUGGCCUGUGAUAAUUUACUAGGUCAAAUCACUUGUCUUUCUGAUGAUAAUUGAGCAACAACUACAUAGUGUU